ACAAAUAAUUUAUUUACCUCUAUACUAAAUUUUGGAAAAAUUAGGAAUUUUUAAAAUGCUUACUCUCGUAUUGGUUAGGCAUGGUGAAAGUGUCAUGAACAAGGAAAAUCGCUUUUGCGGUUGGAUUGAUGUAGAUUUGAGCCCAAACGGAGAACUAGAAGCAAUUUCUGCUGCUGAAUCGUUGAAGUCUGCUGGUAUUCAGUUUGGUCAUGUUUUCACAUCCGUCUUGAAGCGCGCGAUUCAAACUUCCAAGUUUAUUCUUGAAAAAAUAGGCCAAGCAGAUCUACCUUCUACUUCUUCAUGGAGGUUAAAUGAAAGGCACUAUGGAUCCCUGCAGGGUUUGAACAAGGCCGAGGUCGCCGAAAAGUACGGAGAGGAGCAAGUAAAAUUAUGGAGGCGUUCGUAUGAUAUUCCUCCACCACCAUGUGAUGUUACUAGUGAAUACUUUCCCGGUAACGAUCUCAGAUAUUCUGAAAUCCCUGCUGAUGAGAUUCCAAACGGUGAAAGUCUUAAGCUAACUCAAAAAAGGGUAUUGCCAUUUUGGAACGAAAGGAUUGUCCCAGAACUUAAACAUGGUGCCCCUGUCUUGGUUGUAGCACAUGGAAAUAGUCUAAGAAGCUUGAUCCAGUAUUUGGAGGCACUCACUGAGGAGGAAAUUCUGGAGUUCAAUUUACCUACAGCGGUACCUGUCGUUUAUGAAUUAGAUGAAAGCCUUAAAGUCUGUUCAAAGAGAUACUUGAUGAACGAGGAGGAACUCAAGGCUAAAAUGGCAUCAACAUCAUCCGUAUCAAAUAAGAAAAACUAG